AUGGAGAACCUGGCCUACAUACCCAACAGCAGGCCUGUGUUCCAGGGCUAUUCAGUGUGCAGCCAGUCCAGAACCUGGUCACAGGGGAUUGCAUGGUGUUUGAUCUCCAUUGUGGUUCUUGCGGUGAUUGGUUUUAUUUUGACAGACUUAGAGAAAAGCGAGAAGAAUAAGCCAAAGUCGAAGGAGGUCUUUGGAUACCCCAUCAGCAUAUUCUUCAUUGUGGUGAAUGAGUUCUGCGAGAGGUUCUCCUACUAUGGCAUGCGAGCCGUGCUGGUCCUGUACUUCAAGUACUUCCUCCAGUGGGACGAUGACACGGCCACCUCCAUCUACCACACCUUUGUGGCCCUGUGCUACCUGACGCCCAUCCUGGGGGCCAUCGUGGCCGACUCCUGGCUGGGGAAGUACAAAACCAUCGUCUACCUGUCCAUCGUUUACACGCUGGGGCAGGGUGUGCUGGCGGUCAGUGCCAUCCAUGACAUCACCGACUCCGAUCGAAACGGGACCCCGGACAACCUGACCUUACACGUGGCCCUCUCCAUGAUCGGCCUCAUCCUCAUCGCUCUGGGGACAGGAGGGAUCAAGCCCUGUGUGGCGGCUUUUGGAGGGGACCAGUUUGGUGAUCAUCAGGAGAAACAGAGGAGCACCUUCUUCUCCAUCUUCUACCUGUCUAUCAACGCUGGAAGUCUCCUGUCCACCGUCAUCACGCCCAUUCUCAGAGCCCAGGAGUGCGGCAUCCAUGUGCACCAGAAGUGCUACCCACUGGCUUUCGGUGUGCCCGCCGGCCUCAUGGUGGUCGCCCUGGUGGUGUUUAUUGUCGGGAACAGAAUGUACAUCAAGGCAGCCCCCAAGGGUAACAUCAUGCUGGAUGUCUGUAAAUGUAUUGGGUUUGCAGUGAAGAACCGUUUCAGACACAGGAGUGAUGAGUACGAAAAGAGAGAGCACUGGAUGGACUGGGCUGAGGAGAAAUACAACAAACUGCUCAUCGCUCAGGUGAAGAUGGUGCUGAAGGUCCUGUUCCUCUACAUCCCCUUGCCUAUGUUCUGGGCUCUCUUUGACCAGCAGGGCUCUCGAUGGACACUGCAGGCCACCACCAUGGAUGGAAACUUUGGAUUCCUCAUAAUUCAACCAGAUCAGAUGCAAACGGUCAACCCUAUCCUGAUCCUGGUGCUGGUGCCCAUUAUGGACAGCGCGGUGUACCCGUUGAUAAAGAAGUGUGGUCUCAAUUUCACGCCACUGAGGAGAAUGACUGUUGGAAUGCUGCUCGCAGGCUUGGCCUUUGUAGCGGCUGCCCUGGUACAGAUUGAGAUUGACAAAACCCUACCAAACUUCCCAGCGUCCAAUGAGGCUCAGCUCAAAUUCCUGAACCUGGGUAACAGCCCAUUGGAUAUAAGUGCUGAAAAUAAUCCUCCAUUUGCAGUUCCACCAUUUGAGGCCACUGCAGACUAUGUGACGUUUGUAGGGGAUGAAAUCUCAGUCUCUGCUGGUCUAGGCUUCGUCAGUACAAUCCCGCUGCAGAAAGGAAAGAGGCAGACACUGUUAAUCGAUCCAGCAAAGUUCACAAUGGAGGCGGUCGAUGAUUUAACAAACAAGCCGGAGCAGGGAGAGAAUGCCAUCAGAUUUGUUAAUGGACUGGAAAACGCGGUGAAUGUGACAACCCCAGAGGACAACUUUUGGAUAGCAUCCUCUUCUGUUUCAAACAACACUAUGUUACACGAGGGAAAGUCAACCUUCAAAAUUUUCAGUGCCAUGGGUGAAUGCACUUUCUCAAUGACUUUUGGAUUUGGCAGCUCCUACACACUUGUGAUUCCCAGCAACAUCCAGUGGAUAGAGAAUUGUGGAGGUGCCAUUAAAGAGGUCCUUGACAUCAAGCCCAACACUAUGCACAUGGCCUGGCAGAUCCCUCAGUAUUUCCUCAUAACCUGUGGAGAGGUGGUCUUCUCUGUUACUGGUCUGGAGUUCUCCUACUCACAGGCGCCAAGUAACAUGAAGGCGGUGCUCCAGGCUGGAUGGCUCUUCACUGUCGCCGUGGGCAACAUCAUUGUGCUGAUUGUGGCAGAAGCUGUAAAGCUCCCAGAUCAGUGGGCAGAGUACAUCCUCUUUGCCUCCCUCCUGGUGGCAGUGUGUGUAGCCUUUGCCGUGAUGGCUUACUUCUACACCUACAUCGACCCCACUGAGAUUGAGGCUCAGUUCCAGAGUGACAACAUUGAGAAAGAGAAAGAGAACGAAAAAGACAAUGAAAAAGAGAAAGUAGAGAUGGACAGCAUAUCCCUGGAGAAGAAGGAACUUGAGGAAGGCGUGAAACAGACCAAAAUAUAA